CUCCGUAUUGCAGAAAGGGAGUUUCUCGCAGUUCGUGGCAUGUUCAUGCAGGUAUAUAUGAGAUCGCGGAAAUAUGCAACAGAGAGAAGCGAUGGACAGUGACUGCACUGAACUACUGCCGCAGGUUUGCGCGGUCCUGGCAGACCCUAAUCAAGCGAUUGCUGAUGAUACGUGCCUAGAGAAACUGCUGGAUUGGCUGGCAGAUCUAACCGGCCAGGUUCCUGGAAUAUCGUUACUGGAGCUGAACCCAUGCCUGUCUGCUUUCCUAUCUGACAUGUGCAGAUCAGGCUCUGCAGAGCCAAGUGUCUUUGCCUUCAGCCUUAAGCUUGCCGGGCUGUUGGCGUCCAGUGAGCAAGGCUUCAUCCACCUCAAGCAACAGGGAAUUUUGACAUGUGCGUUUGAAUAUCAGGAAUGGGCUGGAUUGAGUCUCUGGCAGGAUGCAACAGUCCGCAGUGGAUGGAUUCAUGGACUUUGGAAUAUGCUGCAGCAUUGGAAAGCUAUGCACUUCCUGUUUGAGAACGGAUUUAUCAAAGUUAUCCUGCAUUUGCAGUUAGACAGAAGCCUUUUUGUGGCGUCGGCAGCAAACCGGCUGUUGGCUGGCAUUUUGAGCUUCCCCGGGCUAUCGGACAGAUUGCCACUCAUAGGAGAGGGUGCCACAAUAGACCAGAGGGGCGAACGCAAGGUUUGCGAGGACUGUGAUUCGCCAGUAUAUACAGAUGGCAUCAUGGAGAUAGUCCAGCACGUGGAGGCCUCGCUGACGUCUGGCAACCCUAUGCAUAUUCAGCGGUCCUUGAACUUGAUUGCUUCAAGUCUUGCCCAGUGUCCACCACACGUCAGGGACACAUUUUGGCAGGGGACAGUGGGGACACUAGAGGCAUUGAAGGGCAAUGAUGGAAACUCUUUGAUACAGCCUUUUCUUGAAACGCUACAUGCGGCUUCCAGGACACCUUUACUUAGCAGUGGAAAUCCCAGUAUUACAACAUUAAUGGAAGACAUGCUAUGCACUCUAAACCCAAAGGUGGCGAUUCCAUUUGCUAAAGGGGUAAUUCAUAUGGAAAGCUGCCCACAAAGUUUGAAGAAGAAGGCCAUGGCCGUCAUUCUCCAACCCCUUGGGCGAGUCGGAAUGCUGGCCGACCCGAAGCAAGAACCUUCAGGUCUCCUCAAAGAUUGUGACUUUCCACACGUAGCCUGGGAGGAGGAUCUUACCCAGACGUCCUCUUACGUCUCAGUCCUCUGCUUGUCAUUGACCAGCGCCGCUGAGCUUCUCCUAGAGUCCUCAUGUGAGGAGCUUUGCGUGUCCUCUGUCGUCCUCUCGGUGAUUGCCGUGCUAAAAGUGUGUCAGGGAAGUUCAUUUUCAUCUUCCGCUGGCAGAGCUGUCAGGAAACUCAUUGGCUGCACUCGAGUUCAGAAGUGUGCUCUGGACACCCUGUCAAGCCUUAACAAAUGCUCAGGAGUAAAUCGGUAUGUUGGUGAGCUCUUCAGUGUUCUUCUGUCAUAUUUAGAAAAUCCUGAUUCUGAUCCAACUGUAUUCAAGAAGGCACUUCAGGCAGCUUUGAACUGGCUCUGUACAUGUUCUCAGUCAUCUGCAGCUGGCUUGUUUCUUAAUCAAGGUGGCAAAACUUUCAUAGACAGCUGUGAAGAUCAUCUUGUGCUGGAUUGCAGAAGUGUUGUUAGUGAGAGCCUUACAGUAACUAUAUUCAUUCAUGUUCCAUCCUGCUCAGAUCUGUUCCCUUUGUUGAAGAAACGAUUCUGUGACGUACGGUGGGAGAUGAGGGAUUCGUCCCUUGAGUUCUUCACUCAGUUGACGUUACAAUUUAAAGAUGAUGCCAGUUAUCGUGGGAGCCUUUCGAACAGUGGGCUCAUUGACUCCCUGAUGGCUUUGCUGACUGAUCCAGAGAGCUACGUCCGAGCGAGUGCCAUCUCCGCUCUGGGGCAGACUGCCCAUAUCAUAAGCCAAGAGGAGGACCUCUCUGCACGUUUUCUGGAUAUUUUAGCUCAGGAUACAGAAGGAUUUGCAAGGAGAGCGGUGAUAAAGAUCUUCUCCAUUUGGCUUAAGCAUCCUAACCAAGAUCUGUGUAAGAGUUUGGAGAAACAUCUAAGCACAGUGCUGCGGCUUGGUAGUAAUGACUUAGACUGGGAAGUCAAAAUCCAUACUUUGGAACUGGCUCAAAUCCUGAUCGACCAAACUCUGGAAGAUUUUGGCCGGUCCUCAUGUCCUUAUGUGUCUGUCAUUCCUGCUCCCCAUGUUAAGCGGGCAGAAAUAACAGCAGCUUUUCACAACCUGCACCAUCACAAGCUCUUCGACGUGCUUUUCUCUGGCUUGUUGGAUUGUGACAGGCCGGUGGCCAGAAAGGCAUGCACUAUCCUGCUCUACCUGAAGGGGGUGCUCACGGGAAACACGGACACCUCAGACAACACGGUGGCCUUUGAUCUGCAGGGAUGUAGGUGGGGGCAAGAAAUGGUGAAGCGAUGCUUUAGCGCUGCAUCUGAUUCCGCCAUGCAUGUUAACAUUGUGGAGCUACUUUCAACUUUGGAUCUGGAGGAGAUGAAACAGGCUUUGGAUCAAAGAAGUGAUCACUUGGAGAACAGUCCUCGUUCCCUAUUGCAGGAUAUAUUGGCAUCUUCUCACACACCAGAGGACAAUAUUGUGGACUGUUACUGAUUUACAUAGCUCUCUUACUUCUCUUUUGUAAAUUAUAUUUCAUUAUUGUCGGUUUAAUUGAAUAAAACUGAAGCGUCUUGUUAAUGAAUAGAA